UCUACCCUGAAUACCAUUGUGCCAAAGUUCAGAUCUCACAACUGGGCACAAUAGGAGAAAGAAGACACUAACUGAACGUGGAGUAUUCGAGCAGUUUCAGCUUACAGACUGUUUGAGAGACAAGUGAAGCCCUUCUUUUGGAAAUGCCAAACUAAACCCUCAGAAGUGGCCACCAGUUUGAAUUUACCCAGAGCAGCAUGGCUAACAGAAAGACAGAGGUCCAGCGAAGGAUCGUGUCCAAACAUGGCCACAACAUGGUAAGGAUCGACAACGUGGAGGGCAUGGUCAAGUUGUACCUGCAUGACAUCUGGACGACUGUGGUGGACAUGAAAUGGCGCUACAAACUCACCUUAUUUGCCUCCACCUUUGUCGUGACCUGGUUCAUCUUUGGGGUCAUCUUUUAUUUCAUUGGAAUGGGCAACGGAGACUAUGAGGCUGAAAUGAAUUCCACCCACACACCAUGCGUGAUGAACGUGGAGACGCUCACUGGUGCCUUCCUCUUCUCUCUGGAGUCACAGACCACCAUCGGUUAUGGUUUCCGUUACAUCUCCGAAGAGUGUCCUCUGGCCAUCUUCACUCUGGUGGCUCAGCUCGUCAUCACUGGAUUGGCUGAGAUCUUCAUCACUGGUACCUUCCUGGCCAAACUGGCUCGACCCAAGAAACGAGCAGAAACCAUCAAAUUCAGCCAGGUUGCGGUGAUCUGCAAGCACCAAGGCAAGCUGUGUCUGAUGGUGAGAGUGGCCAACAUGAGGAAGAGCCUCCUGAUCCAGUGCCAGAUAACAGGAAAGCUCCUUCAACCCUACGCGACCGAGGAAGGUGAGAAGACACAAGUCCACCAGAGCUCUGUUGAUUUCAGCAUGGACUCCGGCGGCGAGUGCCCCUUCCUCAUCCUCCCGCUCACCUUCUAUCACAUCCUGGACGAGCACAGCCCGCUGGCUGGACUGACGGCAGAAAACCUUGAAACCCGUACGUUUGAGCUGCUCAUCACUCUGAAUGCCACCAUGGAGUCCACAGCAGCCACGUGUCAGAGACGCACCUCCUACAUCCCUGAGGAGAUCCUGUGGGGUUACGAGUUCAAGCCAGUGCUGUUCAGCACCCCCAGUGGCCGCUACGUGGCAGACUUCAACUUUUUUGACAAUGUGCAAAAGAGCAGUGAUCCAGCCUUUCUCAGCAACAACACGGAGAAGCUGAAACUGGAGCGGGACUUCAGGGAGGAGUAGAGGAUGUCUUAUCAUUACUGCUGAUUGGUCUGAUGCUGUGUUAGUAUCCCUGACAGUUAUGACCCCUGAUUUAAACAAGUAAUAUGUUUGUACUGAAUCAUGUAAAACGUGAUUCUUUUUUUUUACAGUACAACUGUAAAGUACAUUUUUAAGAACACUAGAAACCAAACAUAAUAUGUUCACUGUACAUUCGGUUUAUUCGUCUAAUCAUUGUGUUUUUUUUAAUGUCAAUAUUCAAGUUUAAUUAAUUAAAUGUACCAGAAUGAAGGGUUGAUAGCACUGUAUGAUUUCUUAAGAGUUAGACUGUAAAAGUGAUACUUCUCUCAGAACUGUAUGUGAAUAUGAAGCCAGAACAAACCGCUGCUUAGUUUAGUUGAGCCAAAAAAAACAGAUGUGAAGAUAUCACAGAUUUUCACUUCUGAUAGAUUGAAACAGCGGAGCUCCCUGAAGAUCACAGCAGGAGUUUUUACUUUCAGCACUACUUUUGCCUGAGCUCCCAAUAUCUGUGUAUUUCAUCUGAACAGCAUUGGAUCCAAACUAGUUACCUCAUUAAUUCAUUUCCUGUAUGCCAACUUCUUUGGUCAUGCUCUCUUAUGCAGGCAUGAUGCCAUGUAGAAGAAAACCAAAUAAACCUUUUUUUUUUUUUUUUUUAAAUGUAACCUUCAAUUGAAAAACAACGGUUUAAUUUUUAAGUUCUAUUUUUUUUAAAACUGUUGUUACACAUAGCAGACUUUUUUAAAAAUCUUGUUUAAUUGUCGGUAAAGUUCAUGAGACAUUUGGAUGUUUGCUUGGUUGUGCCAUUGAGAAAUGGUUCCACAAAACAUUCUGUUAGAGGAACAGCAGUUACUGAAUGUAACUCCGGUUCUAUGAAUGUAACCCCUUCUAACAGGCUUGAGCCCCCCCCCCCCCAAAUCAGAUACCAUGGCUGGAUUAGACCAGUCCACCCCAUUUCAUUGUACAUGGGCAAGAUUUCGAAAGUGCGGGCCAGUGCCCCCUGGUGGGCUAUAAAGGUGGUGCGAGUAAGCCGCAAGAAGUGUUUGGAAACAAUUUUUUUUUAAUUGCCUCUAAAUAUUUCUAUAAAAGCAGAGCUAAUAAAACCAAGCUGCAGGAUUUUAAAAAAAAUUGACCUAUUUUUGAAUCUGAAUUUGAUAAGCAGCUUUUCCAUAAUUUCAUGCAGGCCUUCAAUAUAACUGACCAACAGGAAAAAAUACAUCAAACAUUUUUGUGAUCUUUAGUGAGCGCAACAAUUUCCUCCUCAGAUAUGAAGCAGUUCCUUUGCAUUUGGCUGAUUGUAGUUUGAACAAUGCAGGAGGAUAUUUCCAAAAUAUGUAUGAAUCAUUUAUAAUAUGCUAAUGCAUAUUACACAAUUUCUGUUUGUUACUGGAUUUAUAUGGUUAAUGUUUAAUGAUGUUAUUCUUGGAAAACAAAUGUAACCUUUGGUUGUUGUGUUUUAGACACAAAUAUCACGGUGUUAUCAUAUUAAACUGGGCUUUGUGAUACAUAGGGGUAAAUAAUGUAAAAACUAAUAAAAUUAAUCAGUUGUG